AUGUCGCACGUCUUCUUGAACAUUUUAGUUACUAAACUUAGGUCUGAUCAGGCCUUUAAGCACAUUGCCUUCAUUGGCAAUAGAUACUUACCUGCUCUUACCAAAUCUUAUUUUUCUUACCUUACAUUUCCAGUUUUCAAGGAUGUUUCCGGCUUAACAGUAUAUAAAUGCACUUUCAAACACGGCGUAGCUUCUGUUAUUAACGUACAAGGAAAUCCGUGGGAGACAACACAAAAGAGGCCACAAGACCUUUAG